UUUUAAGCGCUCCAUCCACAAGCUACGGACAUGCUAGUCUUUUUGACUCAAGAAACACACGAGGCUUUUGUGAUUGGGGUGUUGACCACGGCAUAGUGCUAGUAGGGGUACUGACCAAACAUCGACCAAUUCCACCUGCCCCCCAUUCAAGCCCAUCAGGCUACACAGAACCUAUUCCUACCUACCUCUAAUGUCAUUUGCCGCAGUUAGAUCAAUCUUGCAGCUCAAUACAGAUGAAACCCAAGCACUGAAGUUUCUGCCGGUGGUAACCCAAAUCACUGCAAAGAAGGCUGUACAGGGAUCCACCGCAGAUCUGGCAAGGCUGGUUGACUCUAUCCCGAUUCCAUGUGCUCCCCGCUUUUCUUGCUUGGUGCCCAUAUUUCACGCGACACUUAAAUCAGUUCAAGUACCAAACUACAUCAAUCUCAAGACCAUUCCAGCCAUCAUGGGCGCAAAGUGGGCUCUCCUGGGAUUAGUGAAGAUUUGCUCGGCUGCCCGGCCUUCAGCUGUGGGUUCUGAUACCGGGGACAGCAUAGUGACAAAGUAUAUUGUCAGGAGGUGGGACGAAAUAUUCCCGUGGAUGCGGUUCUUCGCUCGAAAUUGCCUCCCUUCUCCUUACGACGUCUCAGUUACUCCCCCGCGCCCUGAUCUUUGCAAUGUGUUCGAUGCUACAAAAUUGUGCAUCCACCCGCUCACAUUCAUCUGCACCAGCUCGAAAGAAGGGCGUCACAUACUCCGAUCUUCUAUUUCUGUCCAGCACUAUGUUGCACAGUUAUGGGUAUUGGUUGGAAACCUCAAGGGAGAUGUACUCCAAGGCGACCCCGGAAGUUCAACGGACAGCCUUGUUUCGAUGAUCCGCACGUCUUUUACGGUGACAAACAAUGCUUGCAUAUCUGAAUCUGAGGAUCCAGACAAAAUCACCCUUCCGAUAUCGAAUUAUAUACAUGCUGCCGGAGGGGUGAAACCCGUUGUCUACACCCUUCUCAGAUACAUCCGUAGGAUUACCAGAGAUGCUGUUGCUGUAGAAGAACCCCGAUCGUGGACGCCCAGCGAUAAGAGCGUACAACACCUUCAUCUCUUCACUGCUGGUCUCCAUUAUUCCUUCCUGUUUCUUAAGACUAUCAGCCGCCAAGACGCUUCAUGCCGCGCCCAACUUAUCCGGCAAGGUUCGAUUCGCACAAUGGUGGACGCGAUCACUUUGAUCUUGCCGAAGAUCUUGGUACAAACAAACGCGGAAAUGGAUUUUCAUUCGCAGCUGGGACUAGCGGACAGACAGAAUGUUUUGUGGAUGGGAUACUCGUACAUUGCAUCUGCUAUUCGCGAUGGAGAUGACGGGGUAACAAGUGUGUGCCAGGCAAUAGACGCUGGCCUCAUUCAAACUUUGGAGAAGGGAGUUGUUUGCCCGCCUCACGCCAACCAUCGCGAAUACCCAAACGGACACCCACCCCGUGGCCGCAUGGGUGACGUAGAGUUGCUCCUCCUUCUCCCCACAUUUUUCCUAUACCACAGGGUCGUUGAAUCCAUUUUCAAACACUGGUUUCGCGUGCAAAGUGCUCCUAUGGCAAAACGAGAGAUACGAGACAAAGGGUUGGGAGUUGCUCUCGAACUCGUCCUGAAAUCUUCUAUCGAUGCUAUGGAUCAUCGCAGUGUAGAGCCCAUAAACCCACAGGAAUACAAGUGCAGUGGCCCAGGAUGUGGGAUCUGGACAUCCGAGUUUGUCAGCAAAAAACGUCGGUGCUCAGGUUGUUUGAUAUCACUUUAUUGUUCGGAGAAAUGCCAAAGGACCGCUUGGCGCAAUGGACACAAGAAGUGGUGUCAAGUUCUGAGGUGUGCCGUUGGGCCGUGGGGCUCACGCGAUAUCCGUACGAGUCUUCAAGUCAUCGCAGGCUUCGAAACCAGUGAGAUCUCGGGAAUGGCCAAAGAUGUGGAAACACGCGUUCGUGAAGCCCAGCAGCAGUUUCCUGCAUUCAUCAACAAACUCGUACUCAUGCUCGACAUGACUGUGUUUCCACCGGAGAUCCAUGUGCUUCCUGUGCACAGGCUUGAGCAGUUCCCUGGGAAGGACCCCAUAUGGCCAGAGAUCGCUGACGAGAUUCGCCAACGAAGUGACUCGCCACCGAAAGGAUAUAUGUUUUCGGUGGUCAAGGUGCAUCUUGGAAAGUCGAAGUUUACGCUGUUCAGCCCAAGCAUGGCGUUGCGUAUGGCAUUUGAGAGCCAGUAUUUCGUGGUCGACGAUUCUGUAGACGAAAAUGAUUCAACAACGCUGGGUGACCAGGACUUGGAUUACGGUUCAGAGCCAUUGUAUGACGCGGAUGGUUCUGAAGAUAAGUGCUACGAAGUUUAGUGGUUCUUACCAUUUAUUUAGUACCUUUCGUCGACUGUAUCCUUGCUUUACUUUGUACAAUUGCUCUGCUAUGUACGAUAUACACGCAAUACAAUUCUUGUGGG